AUGGCAGUGGUGGUAAGGGUGGCAAUGGUGGUGGUGUCAGUGAUGGUGGGUUAUGGUGAUGGGGAUGCUGGUGGUGGUGGUGAUGGUAAGAAAGGUGGUGGCGGUGAUGGUGAUGGUGGUGGUGGAGGUGAUGGAGGUGAUUGUGAUGGUGGUCAUGGUGAUGGGGAUGGUGGUGGUGGUGUGGUGGGUGGUGAUGGGGAUGGGGAUGGUGGUGGUGAUGGUGUUAAGGAGGGUGACAGUGGAGGUGAGAAGGGUGGUGGGAUUGGUGGUGGUAAUGGUAGAGGUGAUGGUGUUGAUGUUAACGGUGGUGGUGAUGACACUAAGGGUGCUGGGGGUGGUUGUGAGGGUGGUAAUGGUGGUGGUGGUGAUGGUGAUGGAGGUGGUGGUGACUAUGGUGAUGGUGGUGAUGGUGGUGGUGGUAAGGGUGCUGAGGGUGGUUGUGAUGGUAGUGGUGGUGAUGAUGGUGAUGGUGAUGGUGGUUAUGGUGAUAGUCGUGGUGGUGGCGGUAGUGAUAGAG